AUGCGACAUCGACUCGCAUCGCAGAUCCGGCAAAGCACAGAUGUCUGCCUUUUCUGCGCCUUUCGAAGUUCGCGCGAGGCGAGUAUCUUGCAACACAAUGUCCUUUCACCACACAGAGCCUUUAGCUCUUCGUCGCUUAGACGUCGCCCGGGCGGUGCAUCAGCGGCGCAAAGAAACUACGAUGAUGACGAAGAGGAGCUCUCGCCCAUGCUAAGAGAGAACGCUGCUCCAGCGAGAUGGCCAGCUUCGGAUACUGCUCCCAGAGCCAGAACUUUACCACCAAUACCGAGGCAAGAUCCUCCCACCCACCGACACGAUCAGGAUAGGCCCCACGAUAGGUUUCAGAUAAGAAGGGUCAAUCCCAGAUUUAACCAAGACAACGGCCAACAAGCGCAGAGGGGUCGAUAUCAGAGAAGAGAUGUUCCAUACGAUUCCAGUCACGAGGUAGUUGCAAACACUAUAGGGGAGGUCGCUGGUACUAUUCAGCGCCUUCGCAGGCCAGGCGAGACCAUUGCAUUCGCCGACGUUUCUGAUACCAUUACUGGCCGUAUCGUUCAACUUGUCCUCUUGCGCGAAUUUGCGAGAAGUGCAGAAAAUGGCGCAUACAUUAAGGUAUCUGGCCAUUGGAGGCAAUCGCGUACACGUCCUGACACUCAGGAGUUUGUUGUGCAAGAAAUGUUAAAAGGAGAUUCGAACCAGCAGCAGACUACAAGCAGUGUGGAGGCUAGGAGAGACACGGCAGGUCCUACAGAUCAUCGCAUCAGUGGUCUCUACCGAAACCAAAAACGACUCCAGCUGGAUCAGCAAGAUGACGGAGAUCAGCCGACUCCAACCAACAUCACGUCUACCGAGGAGACGCCGCAGGUUUCUACUAUGAACACCUCACGAUCCUCACAACCUCCCCAGCCUCCUCAACCCUCAGAGCCUAUGGAACCCCCUGAACCCUCACAAUUUCAGCCUAUGUUUUCGAAUAACGACAGCCAGACCAGACACGAUACACAGCCUGUAGAAACAAACAAGAGCAUUAGGCGACUUGCUUCUGUGGUAGACACAGAGAUAUCCAUGGAGAAGACGGACAGGCCAGAGCAUACAAGCCGCUCGCCAACAAGACUUAGUGCUCGUUUCCAGGUAGACGAGGAUGAUGAGCUUCCUGUUCCUGCCGCAGUGUCUAGGCCUAGAUAUUCUGCUACAGCAUCUCGAAAUGUAUCAGCACAAUUUGAUUUUGAUGCCUUUGAAGCAGAGCAGGGGAUGUUUGGAGAGAGCAGAAGACGGAAGAAGAAGAGACAACCCCCUACGAUUCAAGCCCAGAAGCCGGCUGUGAGCAUACCCGAGUUCAUGACUGUUCAGCAGCUCGCACAAGCAAUGAGGAUCAAAGUUGACGAUCUGCUUCAAAAGCUAGAAGAUGAGGGCUUCGAGGGCGCCAGGUAUGACCACAUGCUCGAUGCAGAGACUUCGGCCAUGUUCGCCGACAUAUAUGGCUUCGAUCCUAUUGCUGCAGAAGAAACGAUGCAGGAUCUGAUACCACGUCCCCCACCCGAGGACAUAUCAAUCCUCCCACCACGACCACCAAUUGUCACUAUCAUGGGACAUGUGGAUCAUGGAAAAACCACAAUACUCGAUUGGCUGCGCAAAUCUUCUGUGGCAGCCGGCGAACAUGGAGGCAUAACUCAGCACAUAGGAGCUUUCUCUGUUACCAUGCCGGGAUCUGAACGACAGAUUACCUUCUUGGAUACACCGGGCCACGAAGCAUUCCUCGACAUGAGAAGACGAGGUGCCAACGUCACUGAUAUAGUCGUGCUGGUGGUUGCUGCGGACGACAGUGUCAAGCCGCAGACUAUAGAAGCUAUCAAACACGCCCUGCAAGCUAGAGUCCAGCUGAUUGUCGCUAUAAACAAGGUCGACAAGCACGAUGCUGAUAUCGAAAAGGUCAAACAAGAUCUUGUUCAACACGACAUUGUGGUCGAAGACUUUGGUGGUGACUAUCAAGCUAUUGCCGUUAGUGGCAAAACAGGUCAAGGAAUGGAUCAGCUUGAAGAGGCUAUCAUUACUUUGGCGGAUGUACUUGAUCUACGAGCAGAGCAAGACGGUCCAGCUGAAGGCCAGAUCAUUGAGGCCAAGGUCACUAACGCAGGACGUGUAGCCACGGUCUUGGUCAGACGAGGUGUACUUCGAGUAGGUGACUUCAUUGUCGCAGGUCCUACCUGGGGUCGAGUUAGAACAUUACGCAAUGACACUGGUCAACUCGUGCAGGAGGCUCUGCCAGGAGAUCCGGUUCAAGUCGAUGGUUGGCGUGGCAUUGACCCAACUGCUGGUCUAGAAGUUUUACAAGCCGAAAACGAACAGCAAGCCAAAGCUGUGGUCGAAUUAAGACAGGAGCGAGCAGAGUCGAUACAGUCGGCAUCGGACGUGGUCGCUAUCAACGCUGCUAAGGCGGCAGAAGCGGAGGCACGUGCAAAACUCCUUGCCUGGAAAGCCGAAGAUAGGGCGAACAAGGUGCACCAUAAUGAAGGGUUCGUUGACAUUAUUGACACGUCCGGUAAGAAAUACGUUCAUUUCGUCGUCAAGGCAGAUGUUGCCGGUAGUGUUGAAGCAAUAGUUGCCGCGGUCAGUGCGAUUGGCAACAACGAAAUACAGGCCAAUGUCAUCCACAGUGGCACUGGACCAGUGACUGAGUCCGAUAUUCGUAUGCUCGCAACGACUGGGGAGGUGGGGUACGCAAUCUCUUUCAACCAGCUUGUUGACCCUGAGGUACAUCAGCUUGCGGAUGCAGCUGGCCUCCAAAUUCUCGACCAGAACAUCAUCUAUCGAGUCACUGAUGCUGUCAAAGAGAAAGUCACUGAGGCAAUGCCACCCUUGAUCACACAGCGAAUACUUGGUGAAGCCGAGGUUGGACAGAUUUUCGUGGUCACAGUUAAGAAACAGAAGCUCAAGAUUGCCGGUUGUAAGGUCACCAAGGGUACCAUUAGUCGUGCCAAUCAGGUACGCGUCUUCAGAAAUGGUGACAUUGUUUACACGGGUACCCUAGAAUCGUUGAAAAAUGUCAAGAAAGACGUCAAUGAGAUGCGCAAUGGCACUGAAUGUGGCGUGGCCUUCAAAGACUGGGAGGAUGUCGAAGAAGGCGACCAAGUCCAGUGCUUCGAAGAAGUCCAGGAAAAGCGCACCCUGUAUUAG